UGCAAUCUGAAGUGCAGAAGAGCAACUAGCACGGAACCCCGCCUAAUCGCAAACAAGGACCCAAAAUAGUAUUUUCUCUAAACAUCAACGCCUUGUUCGCGAAAACAUCCCAGAAAAUAUCGAAUAUAUCCCCAUCGUCCCAUUUAUCCGCGUCCAUCUUUCUCCUCUUCCCCUCGCGGCGGCGUCGUGGGUGGAACCCGCUCCAGGCAUUCUUCCACCGAAGAUCGGGACGAUUUCUCUUUUUUCCGCGGCUAGAUUUGGCGUCGGGAGAGGGAAUUCGAUCUGAAAAUGGGGCUGUUCCGGGCCGCGUCGGGUUUAGCCCGGGUGGCGCUGCGGAGGAGCCUGUCGCGCGCUCCGGCGAGCCCGUUCGCCGGCCCCGCGCCGCGGUACUUCCACUCGACGCUCCCCCGGCGGUACGCGGCGCCUGAGCCCCGCGCCGUGCCGCUCUCGCGCCUCACAGACAGCUUCCUCGAUGGGACCAGCAGCGUGUACCUCGAGGAGCUGCAGCGGGCGUGGGAGGCGGACCCGACCUCCGUCGACGAGUCCUGGGACAACUUCUUCCGGAACUUUGUCGGGCAGGCCGCCACGUCGCCCGGCAUAUCCGGGCAGACGAUCCAGGAGAGCAUGAGGCUGCUGCUGCUCGUGCGCGCGUACCAGGUGAGCGGCCACAUGAAGGCCAAGCUCGACCCUCUUGGGCUGGAGCAGCGGCCGGUUCCGGAUGUCCUGGACCCGGCGUUCUACGGCUUCUCUGAGUCUGAUUUGGAUCGGGAGUUCUUCCUCGGGGUGUGGAGGAUGGCUGGGUUCUUGUCAGAGAAUCGGCCUGUGCAGACACUUCGUUCCGUGUUGGCGCGUCUGGAGCAGGCCUACUGUGGCACCAUUGGUUACGAGUACAUGCACAUACCUGACCGCGAAAAGUGCAACUGGCUGAGGGAUAGGAUCGAGACAGUUAACCCAAGGGAGUACACCUAUGAUCGUCGGCAGGUCAUGCUCGAUAGGCUCAUCUGGAGUACCCAGUUUGAGAAUUUCUUGGCACAGAAGUGGACCACUGCAAAGCGAUUCGGCCUCGAAGGUGCCGAGACACUGAUUCCUGGUAUGAAGGAGAUGUUUGACAGGGCAGCUGAUCUUGGUGUAGAGAGUAUUGUCAUUGGGAUGCCACACAGAGGCAGGCUCAAUGUCUUGGGAAACGUCGUACGUAAGCCCUUGCGACAGAUCUUCAGUGAGUUUAGUGGUGGUACCAAGCCUGUCAACGAGGGGGAGGGUUUGUAUACAGGGACAGGCGAUGUCAAGUACCAUCUAGGAACUUCAUAUGAUAGGCCUACCAGAGGUGGGAAACAUAUCCAUCUAUCAUUGGUUGCAAAUCCAAGUCAUUUGGAAGCAGUCGAUCCUGUUGUUGCCGGGAAGACCAGAGCAAAGCAGUACUAUUCUAAUGAUCUUGACAGGACCAAGAAUCUUGGGGUGCUGUUGCAUGGUGAUGGAAGCUUCUCAGGGCAGGGUGUUGUGUAUGAGACCCUGCAUCUGAGUGCACUUCCAAACUACACCACCGGUGGUACAAUUCAUCUUGUGGUCAAUAAUCAGGUUGCAUUCACUACUGAUCCGAUGUCAGGGAGGUCUUCACAGUAUUGUACAGAUGUAGCCAAAGCAUUGGAUGCUCCAAUUUUCCAUGUGAACGGUGACGACUUGGAGGCUGUGGUUUAUACUUGUGAACUUGCUGCGGAGUGGAGACAAACAUUUCAUUCUGAUGUAGUGGUGGAUAUUGUAUGUUACCGUCGAUUUGGGCAUAACGAGAUUGAUGAGCCCUCCUUCACCCAGCCUAAAAUGUACAAGGUGAUUAGGAACCACCCAAGUGCGCUUGAGAUGUAUCAAAACCAGCUGUUAGAAUCAGGGAAGAUCUCCAAGGAAGAUAUUGACAAGAUACACAAGAAGGUCAGCACCAUACUGAAUGAGGAAUUCAAAAAGAGCAAAGACGAUAUCCCCAACAAGAGGGACUGGCUUUCAGCUUACUGGACUGGGUUUAAGUCCCCAGAACAGAUUUCACGUAUCCGAAACACCGGUGUCAAACCAGAGAUUCUAAAACGUGUUGGGGAAGCCAUGACAACUCUGCCAGAAACUUUCAAACCUCAUAGGGCUGUCAAGAAGAUUUUUGAUCUGCGUCGCCAAAUGAUUGAGACUGGGGAAGGCAUUGACUGGGCAGUGGGUGAAGCACUUGCUUUUGCAACUCUUAUAAUUGAGGGGAACCAUGUCAGGUUAAGUGGCCAGGAUGUUGAGAGGGGUACAUUCAGCCACCGCCAUUCUGUCAUCCAUGACCAAGAAACUGGAGAGCAGUACUGCCCACUUGAUAAUCUUGUCAUGAACCAGAAUGAGGAACUAUUUACUGUAAGCAACAGUUCCCUGUCAGAAUUUGCUGUUCUGGGCUUUGAGUUGGGUUAUUCAAUGGAGAACCCAAACUCACUGGUUUUAUGGGAAGCACAGUUUGGUGAUUUUUCAAAUGGGGCUCAAGUGAUAUUUGAUCAGUUCAUUAGUAGCGGAGAGGCAAAAUGGCUCCGCCAGACCGGGCUUGUCGUCUGCCUUCCUCAUGGAUAUGACGGUCAAGGGCCUGAACAUUCUAGUGCAAGAAUGGAGCGCUUCCUUCAGAUGAGUGAUGAUAACCCCUAUGUUAUACCUGAGAUGGAUCCAACAAUGAGGAAGCAAAUCCAGGAGUGCAACUGGCAGGUCGUGAAUGUCACAACUCCUGCAAACUAUUUCCAUGUGCUGCGUCGCCAGAUACACCGGGAUUUCAGAAAGCCUUUAAUUGUCAUGUCUCCAAAGAAUCUCCUUCGUCACAAGGACUGCAAAUCCAGUCUAUCUGAAUUCGAUGAUCUUGCUGGUCACCCUGGAUUUGAUAAGCAAGGGACACGCUUCAAGCGUCUAAUUAAAGACCGGAAUGACCAUAAGGACCUUGAGGAAGGAAUCAGACGUCUAGUUCUUUGUUCUGGAAAGGUUUACUAUGAAUUGGAUGAAGAAAGAAAGAAGUCAGAUUGCAAUGAUGUUGCGAUAUGUAGAGUUGAGCAGCUCUGUCCAUUCCCCUACGACCUCAUUCAGCGCGAGCUGAAGAGAUAUCCAAAUGCUGAGAUUGUUUGGUGCCAAGAAGAACCGAUGAACAUGGGGGCGUAUGCCUACAUCAAUCCCCGGCUGCUGACCGCGAUGAGGGCGCUCGGUCGUGGCAGCAUAGAUGAUAUCAAGUACGUCGGAAGGGCCCCAUCUGCAGCCACAGCUACAGGUUUCUACACUGUCCAUGUGCAGGAGCAAACCGAGCUCGUGAAGAAGGCGCUGCAGCCAGACCCCAUCAAGUCCCCGUUCUGAACGUGUAGGUUCUUUGCAUAGCCAUGAGAGCUUCUGAUCUCCUACCAUGCAGAAAAACAACAGGUCUAAAUUACAGCCAUUUGGUGAAUAAUCGUUACGCAUGUGUGGUACCGCGCGCGUUAGAAACGGUCUGAGGUCCAUUUUUUCAGUGCAUAAUUUUGUUCCCGUCA